CAUGUUACUUCCUGUAUGGAAGAAUGGAAAGGUUCCAGCAACAGCAGCUCCUGCCUGACUCUGCCUCGCCAGCUUUCGCCGGAGCCCCAACUUCCAGCAGCGGGAUGGAUUGAAAGCAGCUCCGGGCAGCCCGCCUCGCCGCCGCCGCCGCCACCACCACCACCGCCGCCGCUGCUGCCCUUCUUGCUCCGGGCUCCUCAUCAUUUGGGAAGGGGACAAAAUCCUCCCGCCUCUGCCGCUCACUGAACUGCCGUUGGCAGGAAUGCCUUUUCCCCUCUGGCCUGCCGAGAGGCUGCCCGCAUGAAGAGUCCGAGCCUGACCGAGGGGCUUUUUUCUCUCCAGCUAUCCUCGCUUGGCGGCUUGGAGCGAAGUUGGGAGCUCCGGGCGCCCGACUUUCCGCACAGCGGUUCGUUUGGCUUCCGAGGCCCUUGAGCGGCGCUGCUGCCUCUGACUCAAAACUCCGGGAAUCGGGCGUCUUUGCACCCAAGGCGGCGAUCCCAAACCGUGCAACUCCGGAGCGGAAAGCGAAGCUGCGUUAUUGCGCUUUGGGGAGUGUGAGAAGGACUGGAACGGCGCGGAGCUGGGAGUGGGGGGGCGGAGGCGGCCGUCCAAAGAAAAUAGUCAAGAAUUGUUCUCCUUUUGUUUCCAGCCGAGGGGGGGGAGGGAGAGGGAAGUGUACAAGUUUGGUCACCCUCCACAAGUUUUGUGGGGGAUUUUUUUUGUGUGUGUGUUGCCUUUUUAUUUUUAUUUUUAAUUUUUGGAGGGGGAAUGCGUGAGCGUGUGUGGAAUCCUCGCCUUUUUUGUUUUUAAAUCCGUUUCAAGAGAGCUCCCCCUCCCUCUUGCUUUAAUUUUUUUUUUUCUUCUCCGAUGUGCGGUUUUGGACAUGCGGAGGCUACUACAACCGUGUUGCUGGAUCUUUUUCUUGAAAAUCACCAUCUCCGUGCUCCACUACGUGGUGUGUUUCCCCGCUUUGACUGAAGGUUAUGAUGGCCCCCUGCAUGAAAGUCGACAUGGCAGUUUGGUGCAGAUCCGGAGGCGGAAGGCAUCUGGGGAUCUUUACUGGGCAUAUUCAGGGGCAUAUGGACCUGAGCAUUGGGUUACUUCAAAUGCAGAUUGUGGGAGAACUCACCAGUCUCCAAUCGACAUCAUAGACCAUCAGGCACACGUUGGAGCGGAAUAUCAGGAAAUACGCCUGGUUGGCUUCGAUAAUGAAUCUUCUAACAAGACUUGGAUGAAAAAUACUGGGAAAACUGUUGCCAUCCUUCUAAAGGAUGACUAUUUCAUCAGCGGUGCUGGACUACCGGGAAGAUUCAAAGCAGAAAAAGUUGAAUUUCACUGGGGCCAGAGUAAUGGAUCUGCUGGUUCAGAGCAUAGCAUCAAUGGGAGGAGAUUCCCAGUUGAGAUGCAGAUUUAUUUCUACAAUCCCGAUGACUUUGACAGCUUCGGGACAGCCAUACAAGAAAAAAGGAUCAUAGGAACCAUGGCUGUGUUUUUUCAGGUCAGUCAGAGGGACAAUCCAGCACUGGAACCUAUUAUCCAUGGGCUGAAGGGGGUCGUACAUCAUGAAAAAGAGACCUUCUUGGAUCCUUUUGUGUUAAGGGAUCUCCUGCCAGCAUCUUUGGGAAGUUACUAUCGGUAUGCAGGGUCGCUGACUACACCUCCGUGUAGUGAAAUUGUGGAAUGGAUUGUUUUCCGAAUGCCUGUCCCCAUCUCUUAUCGGCAGCUGGAAGCCUUCUAUUCCAUCUUUACCACGGAACAGCAAGAUCAUGUCAAAUCUGUGGAAUACCUACGGAAUAACUUCCGGCCUCAGCAGAGCCUGAACAACAGGAUUGUUUCCAAGUCGGCUGUGAAGGAUGCUUGGAACCAACUUUCAACCAGCAUGUUCGAAAAUCCACUGGGCACUGAAGCAUCCAAAGUUUGCAGUACCCCUCCUGUCAAUAUGAAAGUGAAACUCGUUAACAGAACAGCCUUGCUGGUGACCUGGAACCAACCAGAGAUUAUCUAUCAUCCACCCAUUAUGAACUAUAUGAUUUCCUACAGUUGGAGUAAAAAUGAAGAUGAAAAAGAGAAGACAUUCACUAAAGACAGUGACAAGGAUCUGAAAGCCAUCAUUAGCCAUGUCUCAUCUGACAUCCUUUAUCUGUUCAGAGUUCAAGCAGUUUGCCGAAAUGACAUGCGCAGUGAUUUUAGCCAGACGAUGCUCUUUCAAGAUAACACAACUCGAAUUUUUGAGGGGACCAGAAUAGUAAAAACAGGAGUGAAUAAUGGGCAGAAUGGAGUGGUUGGAAAGAAAAAGAGAACAAAAGGAAAAAAGAGCCGAGGUAGCAUGUCAGGUACCUCUACUGAUGCUCUUUCUGCUGUGUUUUCUUCUCUUGUUCCCCCUCGUGAUUUCUUCAAGCCGACAGCUUCUCCAGCACCUUCAGCCGACAUGGCUCCCAUCAGUUCUGGGUCUUCUACUUGGACUUCCUCAGGCCUCCCCUUUUCUUUUGUCUCCAUGGCAACGGGGAUGGGGCCGUCCUCUAGUGGGAGCCAGGCUACCGUGGCUUCCGUGGUCACUAGCACCUUACUGGCCGGUCUAGGAUUUAGUAGCAGUGGUAUUUCUUCUUUCCCUAGUACGGUAUGGCCAACCCGGCUCCCGACCUCUGCCUCGACUAAUAAACAGUCUGCCAGGCCAGUGGUGGCUACCACCGAGGCAUUGUCUUCUCCAGCACCAGACAGUGAUUCUGCUCUCACAAAAGACAAUGAAGGAGCUGAGGAUGGGGAGAAAGAUGAAAAAAGUGAAAGCGAGGAUGGCGAAAGAGAGCAUGAAGAAGAGAGAGAAAAGGAUUCUGAGAAAAAAGAGAAAAGUGGUGUGACCGAAGCUGUUGAAACCCAGGAAAAUAGUGAAGCUACAAACACCACUCUUUCUCCCAACAGAACUAUGGAGGAGGGAGGAAAUGAAACUAUAUCUGAUCAUGAGCAAAGCCAAAAUAUUGUACCAACAGGUAGGACUCCUGAAAGAGGAGAAGGAGUUACAGGAAUAGACACUGAGUUCAAUACAGUCAGUUCCACCCAAGUGCCGACACUAUUCAUUAAUGAACAAUAUACUGGUGAGAUUCCAAGAAGACCAGAAACAGCAUCAACAUCUUUACCAAAAGAUAACAGAUUUAUUACCAUUCAUCCAGCAGACAAGAAUAUUUCCAGCAUGACCAACAGAUCCACUCGUGGCAAAAUGGAAUGGAUCAUUCCUCUCAUUGUGGUCUCAGCCUUGACAUUUGUGUGCCUAAUCCUUCUUAUUGCUGUGCUAGUUUACUGGAGAAAAUGUUUCCAGACAGCUCAUUUCUAUGUAGAAGACAGCAGUUCUCCUCGGGUGGUACCAAACGAAACUGUUCCCAUUAUUCCCAUCCCAGAUGACAUGGAAGCUAUUCCUGUCAAACAGUUUGUGAAGCAUAUCGGUGAAUUGUAUGCCAACAACCAGCAUGGGUUUUCAGAAGAUUUUGAGGAAGUGCAGCGUUGUACAUCCGACAUGAACAUCACCGCUGAACAUUCCAAUCACCCCGACAACAAGCACAAAAACAGAUACAUCAACAUUUUAGCAUAUGAUCAUAGUCGAGUGAAACUAAGACCUUUACCAGGAAAAGAUUCAAAGCACAGCGACUACAUUAAUGCCAAUUAUGUUGAUGGUUACAACAAAGCGAAAGCCUACAUUGCCACCCAGGGCCCUUUAAAGUCAACAUUUGAAGAUUUUUGGAGAAUGAUUUGGGAGCAAAACACUGGAAUUAUCAUCAUGAUUACAAAUCUUGUGGAAAAAGGAAGAAGAAAAUGCGACCAAUAUUGGCCAACUGAAAACAGUGAGGAAUAUGGCCAUAUCAUUGUCACACUGAAGAGCACAAAAGUACAUGCUUGCUACACUGUCCGCCGCUUCACAGUCAGGAAUGCAAAAAUGAAAAAAGGGAAUCCCAAAGGUCGUCAAAACGAAAGGACGGUCAUUCAGUACCAUUACACACAGUGGCCUGACAUGGGAGUACCUGAAUAUGCACUUCCCGUGCUGACAUUUGUGAGAAGAUCCUCUGCAGCCAGAACUGCUGAGAUGGGUCCAGUAAUUGUACAUUGCAGUGCUGGUGUUGGCAGGACUGGUACCUACAUUGUAAUAGACAGUAUGCUGCAACAAAUAAAAGACAAAAGCACAGUUAAUGUCUUGGGUUUCCUGAAACACAUCAGGACACAGCGCAACUACCUCGUCCAGACGGAGGAGCAGUAUGUUUUCAUUCAUGAUGCCUUGUUGGAAGCCAUUCUCGGGAAAGAGACUGAAGUUUCUGCCAAUCAGCUCCAUAGCUAUGUCAACAGCAUUCUCAUACCUGGUAUUGGAGGCAAGACUCGACUAGAGAAACAGUUCAAGCUGGUUAUGCAAUGCAAUGCAAAAUACAUAGAAUGCUUUAGUGCCCAAAAAGAUUGCAACAAAGAGAAGAACAGAAACUCAUCAGUAGUGCCAUCUGAACGAGCAAGGGUAGGACUAGCACCAUUACCUGGCAUGAAGGGAACUGAUUACAUUAAUGCCUCAUAUAUCAUGGGCUACUAUCGGAGCAAUGAGUUCAUCAUAACACAGCAUCCCUUGCCACAUACAACUAAAGACUUCUGGAGAAUGAUCUGGGAUCACAAUGCACAGAUCAUUGUCAUGCUUCCAGAUAAUCAGAGUUUAGCAGAAGAUGAAUUUGUAUACUGGCCAAGUCGGGAAGAAUCCAUGAACUGCGAGGCAUUUACCGUCACCCUUAUCAGCAAGGACCGUCUGUGCCUCUCUAAUGAGGAGCAGAUCAUCAUCCAUGACUUCAUCCUUGAGGCUACUCAGGAUGAUUACGUUUUGGAAGUUCGCCACUUUCAGUGCCCUAAAUGGCCAAAUCCAGAUGCCCCAAUCAGCAGUACCUUUGAGCUUAUCAAUAUAAUCAAGGAAGAGGCCUUAACAAGAGAUGGCCCAACCAUCAUUCAUGAUGAGUAUGGAGCAGUGGCAGCUGGAACAUUGUGUGCUCUGACUACCCUGUCUCAGCAACUGGAAAAUGAAAAUGCUGUUGAUGUUUUCCAGGUGGCAAAAAUGAUCAAUCUGAUGAGGCCUGGAGUAUUUACAGACAUUGAGCAGUACCAAUUUCUUUACAAAGCAAUGCUAAGCCUGAUCAGCACUAAAGAAAAUGGAAAUGGCCCCAUGGCAAUGGACAAAAAUGGUGUUGUUAUGGCCAGUGAAGAAUCGGAUCCUGCAGAAAGUAUGGAAUCUCUUGUCUAAAAGGAAUACUUAAAGGCACUUAAUUUGUGGAAUUUCUGAAGACUGAACUUUUUGAGGCCUUUUUUGCCAGACUCUAGGUUAUACAAUAACCCAAUUACUUUUUUACACUGAUAAAAAGUUUUGAUAUUUAUUUUUGCCAUUUUACGUCUUAAUGGUAUCCUACUGAGCAUUUGCACCUCUGUUUAUUUCACACAGUGAAACACAAUUUUAUCUAGUUUGCACUAUAUGAUCAGUGUUAACUGCCUAUAGAGAUAUAAUACAAAAGAAAACAAACAAAUCCUGAUGACAUUCCACGACAACAGACACACUACUUAUUAGUUGAAAUAUCAUGAUGUUUAAUUAAUUCUCAUAAGCCUUGGCUUUACAAUCUUGGAUGCUAGGCCAGAGAAAUAUUUUUGAUUCACAUUAACAAAAAUGCUGUAUCUUUGACAUAUUCCAAUAUUCAUUGUUUAAUUUGCAUACUGUUAUUGUUCUUUUGUUUUCCAGUAACAUGGAUGAGUAGUAUUCUUCAUUUUCUCUCAAACUAGUGAUCGCUAGAUAAAUUUUGGAAAGCUACCGAAAUUCAGUUUAACAGCUGCUCUGCACUGUGUGGAAUUCUUUUGACUUCAUAAAGUUCAAUGAAGUGUUUUCUAUGAAACACAUAAAAUUAUAUUCCCAAAAUGCAAAACAACUCAGAUUUGUGAUUCAAUUUCAGAUCUUGAAUUUAUACUUCCAUUAAUUCCCUGGUGUUUUUAAUCGCAUUCUUAUUUCAAGAAAAUAUUUUGAUCAUAUUUCCACUACGGAUAAUUUAAUUACAGUGCAACAAUGUUCAAUCAGAUCAUUUUAUUCCAAAAGUAUUUAGCAAUAUUUCCAAUUCAUACACAAUUCACAUUUACAUGUAUAGUUCCUUAAGUUUCUGGAACGCAACCACUGUCUUUACAGUAUGUUAUAUGAUGGAGAAAAGAAUUUCUUAAUUUCAUAGCUGUUAGAUGCCGUUUUUACAGGUGUGUAAUUUUCAUACUCUAGUGCUAAACCGUACUGAUCCAUAUUACUGGUGAAGCGAUCUAAUAAAAAAACUACCUAUAAGAUUACAUUUUUCCUCUUUUUUUAACACAAUUGAUUAGUAUCUAUUUCCCAAUUUCAUAAUUUCAUUUUUCGAUACUAUACAUAAUAUUC